CCAAUUUCGUGGAAAUUAAUGAAGUAUGGACUUAAUUGUAUUGCAUCUAGAUAACUACACCAUUCUAAAGACGCAUACUAAAUUUGUUUUGGAAGUUUGCAGCCAUGUUUGAGAAGCUACUGAUAAUUUUGGUGGUGUUGUUGCUCAAGGCUGGAACAUCCAUUGGACAAGGAGACACUCUCUCAAAAGGGACCCAGACUUCAACCUCAAAAAAUGGAAUGUUCGAGCUGGGAAUCUUCAAAAUAUCCGCAAACAGAUUCUACCUCAGCAUUCGCUCUGUUUGGGUCGCAAACAGAGAGAAACCGUUGCCCGACGCAGCCGCUUCAGAGCUCCAAAUAGCUUCCAACGGCCAGCUGAGAGUGCGGCCGACCCCGCUUUGGCAGAGCUUCGAUCAUCCGACCCAUACUUGACUGCCCGGGGCUACGCUUGGUGUUGAGGAACAGAACGGUGGAUCUUUUGUCGUUCGAUUUCGACUCAACUAAUGAUGGAAAGUUUUUGAGGACAAGAAGUAACAUGGAAGUUGAUUUGCCCAUGUUCAGUUACUCAAGUGUUUCUGCUGCAACAAACAACUUCUCACCAGAAAAUAAGCUUGGAGAGGGAGGAUUCGGACCAGUUUACAAGGAAGGAUUACAGAAUGGGCAGGAAAUAGCCAUGAAGAGGCUUUCCCAAAAAUCUGGACAAGGUUUUGGAGAAUUCAGAAAUGAAAUCUUAUUGAUUGCAAAACUGCAGCACCGGAAUCUUGUUCGCCUCUUAGGUUGCUGCAUUGACACUGUUGAGAGCAUUCUCAUCUAUGAGUACAUGCCUAAUAAGAGUCUAGACAUGUUCCUUUUCGGAUCAAAUAAACAAGAAACACUAGACUGGAAAACACGUACCCGCAUUGUUGAGGGGAUUACUCAAGGGCUUCUCUACCUCCAUGAAUACUCGAGGGUGCUCAUAAUCCACAGAGAUCUCAAGGCGAGCAACAUUCUUCUUGACGAUGAGAUGAGCCCCAAGAUAUCGGACUUUGGGCUGGCGCGUAUCUUUGGAGGCACUGAUUCGCGGGGAUACACCAACAGAGUUGUUGGAACAUUUGGCUACAUUUAUCCGGAGUAUGCAUUGCAAGGCCUCUUCUCCACAAAGUCUGAUGUGUACAGUUUUGGGGUUUUGGUUCUUGAGAUUAUGAGUGGCAGGAAGAACACUGGCUUCUACAAAACUGACUCCCUCCAUCUUCUUGGACAUGCAUGGGACCUGUGGAGUUGUAGAACUGGUGGAUAGUAAGGUGGGAUCUGCGGCGGCUUCGACAGCGUUGAGCCAUGCAUGGAAUUGGAAAGCUACUAGCAAUCUCAAUAAUUGUGUUGGUGAUGGCUGAAAGAUCCAGUAGAGCAGGAGACACG